AUGGGUUAUGUUGAGCAUAUACCACAGCAGCGCGUCUGGACGCGAAAUCUUUUCGUAAUUUUUGCUUCUAUCUUACUUUUCUUUAAUACUAUAUUAUUAUUACCCUGGGGGAUAUACCAUGUUCGGUCAUUUCUUCAUACCGAUAACCAUCCUAUCUCACAAUAUUCUUCCACCAUUGCUUCUCUCGAAGCUGUAGAUAUUGGUCAAUUGCAAGCAGGGGGCGAUAUUGCAACAGUUCUCCAGACAGCAGCUGAUAUCUUGGGCUCUGUAAGCGCGCAACAUCACCUUGCCUCCUUACAGGCACUCAGCAAUGAUUUGCAAAAGUUAGCUGCGGAUACACAGCAAGCACAUAGUGGAAGCAAUUUGCGACCCAGAGGAAUUUUUGAGGAUUUUGCUUCAGCAUUCACAGGUGGGGCAGGGAAAGGAGGUGCGACGGGAGGUGCUGGUGGAGCGAAAGCGGCCACGGGAGGAGGUGGAUUCACGGGAAUUAUUGAGUCACUUGGAGCGAAAUUUCUUGGUAUUACUGCCGAUUCACUGGCCACACCAGCGCAAUUCCUUGGCGAUGGUGUCGGAAGGGGUGUUACCAGUGGUCUCAAGAUCAACAAUGGAGUUAAACAGACUUCGGCUCAAAAGCCAUCUGGUAUAAACGCUAUUGCCGACAACCUUGGAUUUGGAGUUUCUAAUGCCCUCGCGGGAAGUCUAGACACCUCAACAUUUACUCAAGGUGCAGGAGCAGCUUCUGCCGCACUUGGGACGGGUCUAGGAGGAGGAACUGCCAGUGGCUUAGGGCUUAACAAAUCAGCCGUUGCUGCUCCCAAUGGAACUGGUAUUCCUUUGAUUAUUGGCAACCUUGGAAGUGGCCUUACCCAAUCUCUUUUUUCAAACAUUGAUAUGUCGAAAUUAAUGACUGGUUUACCCACUGGCAUGUUACAAUCUGCAGUUGUUAAUGCUGGAAAAGGUUUGGGAGAAGGUGCUGCAGAAGGUCUUAACUUACCUAUGAACACAGCAACUACCAUGAAAAUGGAGAUGAAAAGGGCUGCUGAAGCUGCUGCUGCAGGAACCAACGCCACGGGCUCCGGGCUCAAUGUUGACAUGGUUGCAUAUGGGUUCACCAAAUCACUGUCAAGUUCAUUCCUUGGCGCAGUAGAUGUUCAAAAAUUAGCAACACAAGCCAUGUCCGGAUCUAAUCUUUCCAGUAUGGUUGGCCCUGUUCUUGUUGGAGCAGGUUCUGGAUUGGGUGCUGGUGCUGCACAAGGACUUGGUCUCUCUAAUGCAGUCGUUGCUCCCACCACUGGAGCCGAUACUGCAGGUCCGGAAGUCGCGCAUAACUUUGCCUACACACUUACCACCAAUUUCCUCGCGAAUGGAACGCUACAAACCUUACAGACUAAACUCAUGAGUAUCAUGUCCAUGACCAAUAUUUCUAGUAUGCUAGGCCCGGCGGCACUGGGAGCUGGAAGUGGUAUUGGACAAGGUGCUGCUGUGGGGCUUGGACUGCAAGACCCUUCAACCGCACAGACUCCGAUGGAUGGAGGUAUCGCUAUGACUGCAAGAGAUUUCUCAUAUGGUCUCACCAGUAACUUCCUUGCAAAUGGCACGGUUGCACGUCUUCAGGCUAAAGCAGCAUCUCUUCUAGGUGGAGGUUCAAACUCCUCCGCCGGAGGAUUGAUGUCAACCUUGCAAGGUGUAUCUGUUUCCAAGGCAGCUGAAGGUCUCGCAAGAGGUCUUGUCGAUGGUGCUGGUCAAAGUAUUUCCACCAUGGGGGGUAUCCAGGCAAUUAUCAAUGGAGCCAAUUCAACUCAAGCUAUGAUGCAAGCAGCGACACCGAUUUUCAAAACGAACGAUUUCAAUGAUACGACAGGAGGAGUAGCAACUUCUUUUGGCCAGGGAUUGGGUGGUCAGGGUGUUGCGUUGAUUGCACAAAUGCUGGGAAUGAGUAUGACCAUGCCUGGAAAAAUGUCAGAAGCCCCAGCACCAAUAUCCUCCUCCAAUGCUCCUGCAAGCAAUCUCCCCUCAUCAGAUCCUCUUACAGGCAAUUUCUCCUCUCCAGCUAUGCGCGCACGUUCCUACAGAUCCUCCUCUGUAAUCCGUCGAACUGUACCUCUCGCACCCACACUCCCCAAACUCAAACUCGACAAAAGAGUCGAUGCCAACACUAACCUCAAUAUCUCCGAUAUCACAUCUGGGCUCGUCAGCGGUGUAAACACGACAUCUCUUGAUACUCUUCUUCAAAAAGGUGUUGAUACUCUUACAUGUCAGGGUGUUGGCGGCUUUGUACAAAUCUUCAUGGGCUUACAAGCUAGCGGGAGUAUUCCCUCCACUUUUGCUUCUGCAGGAAGUUCAGUCAUGUUACCUAAUACGUUUUUCACGAUUGCGAGUCAGGGUAAUGAGUUUAAGAUUAAUCCCGCGACGCAGGAUAUUGAGGUUAAUGAUGUUCCGCUUAUUAAGUUGGUGAUUUUGAUUGUGGCGCAUGCAUUCCUCCUCAUCCUCAUCUAUUUCAUCGCCAUCCCCUUCGCGCUCCUCCUCUCAUCCGGCAACGAAAUAGCAACCAUACUCGGACGACCGCACAUCUGGGCCUCCGCCCCCAAAACCCGUUUCUACAUCUGGGUAUUCCUCGUUCUGCCCCUCUCCCUCGGUGGACUCAUCCUCGGGAUUCUCCUUCUCGGAUCCGGUCCGCACGGAAACACAUCUCAUGGAAUCAUCGGCUUUAUCGUUAUCGCCCUCACAUUCAUCGCGUUCAUCCUCGAAAUGAAAUUCUACGAGAGCAUUAAAGCACUGCGAUUAUUGAGGGGUAUUGUACUUACAGCUGUACUCGCAGGCGCAAAUAUAGCGUUCGUGACGGGAUUCGUAGAUAUUCAGAGAAUUAGUUUGUGUACGGUUGAACUUCCUGAUGUGGUGUUGAUUGGGGCAGCGAUGAAUGUUACGAGUACGUUUACGACGGGCACGACGGUUGUGACGGUUAAGAUGUUUAUUCAGAAGUGGAUGGGGAGGGAGAUGAAGGGGGUUCUUUCUGGGAAUGUGGAGAAUAUGGAUGCGAAAUUUGCGGGGGAUGUGGAGAAGAGUGGGUUUGAGGAUGAGAAGGUGGGAUUCAGAGAUCGUAUUAGGAAUUUGGCGGGGAAGAAUGAUGUGUAG